AUGCGUAUUGCAAUUAUCACCGAGAAUUUCUUACCCAAAGUCGAUGGUGUAACACGUACAUUGGCUCGACUGUUGGAGCAUCUUGCAAAAACGGGCCAUCAAGUAAUUCUAUUAGGACCUGAAACCAACAUGACGACUUAUGCGGGGGCAGAUCUUGUUGGCACAUAUGGAAUACCAUUUUUUCUGUAUCCAGAGCUUAAAUUCAAUUUUUGGCGGCCAAAAUUCACUCAAAAAUUAGUAGAAUUUCAACCAGAUGUAAUCCACUUGGUUGAUCCCGUAUUCUUGGGCGCAUUUGGACUUGCCGUUGUAUGCUAUUAUCUCCCGAAUGUUCCAAUUGUGUCUUCUUAUCAUACAAACCUUGCCGUUUAUUGCGAUCAUUUUGGUUACGGGUUCAUGACAUCUAUGAUGUGGAGAUGGAAUCGAUACUGUCACUCAUUUAGUCGGUUCACUGCCUGCCCAUCUCCUUCAACAAUGGCUAUUUUAAAUGACCAUGGGUUUGGCAAGGUUCGCUUAUGGCCCCGUGGUGUCGAUAUCUCUCUUUUUUCUCCUUUGCAAAGAUCUGAGGGCUUGCGGGCACAAUGGAUGGGUGUGUCAGAACUGAAAUCAGAGAACAAGACUGUUAUCCUGUACGUUGGCCGAGUGUCGUAUGAAAAGAACAUCAACUUGGUAAUUGAAGCCUACAAAGAAAUGGAUCACGAAAAGUGCCAUCUGGUGCUAGUGGGUCAUGGACCAGCUUUCCAUGAAAUUCAAAACUACUGCUUAACAAAACGUAUUCCAGUGACAUUUACAGGUUACCUACAAGGAAAGGACCUGUCACAGGCUUAUGCAUCAGCUGAUAUCUUUGCAUUUCCAUCAGUAACAGAAACAUUUGGUCAGGUUGUCUUGGAAGCCAUGUCAUCGGGUUUACCUGUUGUAGGACUUGACGCUGAAGGUGUUCGGGAUCUAGUGGACGAUAAGCGCACGGGUCUGUUACUCAAUACAUUGGAUUUGUCGGCAAAGGACCAGCAAAGAAAGUAUCGUGGAUUGCUAGAGCUGUUAGUUAAUCAACCUCAUUUACUUGGCAAGUUGAGACGUGAAGCAGUUAAAAAGGCAAAGACUUACACUUGGUAUGAAGCAAUGGAAUGCAUGGUCAAUGUGUAUCAGGAUGCAGUUGGUUGUUCGGAAGACGAGUUGCCCAAAUCGUUUCAACUCUACCUGAAGGACUACAAGGGCGGCUCACUGAUUCAAGAACACGAUUUGACAAGGCCAAUCACUAUGGAACCAUCAUCAUCCAAUGCUGCUGAUAGUAUUUACAACGAUGAUAGUGGAGACAGUGGUGUGGAAGAAGAUUAUGUGCUCUGCGAUGAAAAAUCAGACUUACUCUCAUCGCAUAUCAAGCCAUCCACAUAUAACAACGGGAAAGAAAAGCAAAGUCGAAAAGGUACCAACAUUUAUCUGACAAGCAAAUAA